AUGUCAAAAGCGGAAGAAGAAAGUGAUUUGAAUGAAACCAAUGAAGAGUUUGAAGACAACGCCAACACUGAAGACACACAAAACGAGGCAAAAGACGAGGAGGAAGACAAUGAUGAGUCAGUGAGCGGAACCCCCGCGGAGUCAGUGAUUGGCGAGAAUUUGGCGCAAAUAAUCUCAUCGCAAGACUUCAACGAGACGUUGAAUGUCGACAGAUCUAAACGAUUUGAUUUCCUUCUCAAACAAACGGAGAUUUUCUCCCAUUUCAUGACAUCUGGUAAUCAGGGAUCGGCACAAACGGCGCCUCUGAAGGCCAAACCCGGACGCAAACCCAAAACCAAGAGUUCAGAGCCGGUGUCUCCGCCGAAGCCGCGUCUGUCGACGGAUGCGACGGAUCACAGACACCGCAUGACUGAAGAGGAAGAGGAUCAAGAGCUGUUGGCGGCGAGUAAGAAGUCACAGAAUGUGAUUCGUUUCGAAGAGAAUCCCAGUUAUAUAAAGUUUGGCGAAAUGAGAGACUAUCAGAUCCGAGGCCUUAAUUGGAUGAUAAGUCUUCACGAGAACGGAAUCAAUGGAAUACUGGCCGAUGAGAUGGGUUUAGGAAAGACUUUGCAGACAAUUAGUUUAUUAGGAUAUAUGAAGAACUACCGGAACACUGCGGGACCACAUAUGGUGAUCGCUCCCAAGUCUACUCUCACUAAUUGGAUGAAUGAAGUGAAGCGAUGGUGUCCUUCGCUGACAGCCGUUUGCCUUAUCGGCGAUCAACAGACCAGAAAUGCUCUGAUUCGGGACACACUGUUGGGAACGCCCAACGAUUGGGACGUCUGUAUCACCUCUUAUGAGAUGAUAAUUCGCGAGAAAGCGGUGCUCAAGAAGUUUAAUUGGAGGUAUUUGGUGAUCGAUGAGGCGCAUCGCAUCAAGAAUGAAAAGAGCAAACUCUCCGAAAUUAUCCGCGAAUUCAAAUCAACCAAUCGUUUACUGUUGACGGGAACACCUCUUCAGAACAAUUUGCAUGAGUUGUGGGCUUUGCUUAACUUUUUGCUGCCCGAUGUGUUCAACUCGUCCGACGACUUCGACGCCUGGUUUAACACUAAUAACUGUUUGGUUGGCGACAUCUCUCUCGUCGAACGAUUGCACGGAGUUUUGAGACCUUUCCUAUUGAGACGUCUUAAGAGUGAAGUCGAGAAGAAACUAAAGCCAAAGAAGGAGACAAAGGUUUACGUGGGACUGAGUCGUAUGCAACGCGAAUGGUAUACAAAGAUCCUCAUGAAAGACAUCGAUAUAGUGAACGGCGCGGGAAAACAGGACAAAAUGCGGUUAUUGAACAUUUUGAUGCAAUUGCGAAAGUGUGCGAAUCAUCCCUAUCUGUUCGACGGCGCAGAACCCGGUCCUCCCUAUACCACAGACAAGCAUUUGGUGGACAACUGCGGAAAAAUGGUUAUUCUCGACAAACUGUUGCCCAGAUUUCAAGAAGAAGGCAGUCGUGUACUCAUAUUCAGUCAAAUGACUCGAAUGCUCGACAUUUUAGAAGAUUAUUCGCUUUGGAGGCAAUAUAAAUACUGCCGAUUGGAUGGACAGACAUCUCACGAGGAGAGAGAGCGACAGAUAGACGAGUUCAAUAAACCCGAUUCCGAUCGCUUCGUAUUUAUGUUGAGCACAAGAGCUGGAGGUCUAGGAAUUAAUUUAGCGACGGCUGAUGUGGUGAUUCUGUUUGACUCGGAUUGGAACCCACAGGUGGACCUCCAGGCCAUGGAUAGGGCGCACAGAAUUGGUCAGAAGAAAGUGGUUCGAGUGUUUCGCUUGAUUACUGACAAUACGGUUGAGGAGAGGAUUGUAGAGAGAGCUGAAAUGAAGUUGCGUUUAGACACUGUUGUCAUACAACAGGGAAGACUCGCCGACAGCGGGGGUAAUAAACUGGGAAAGGAUGAGAUGUUGGGAAUGAUAAGACACGGCGCCGACCAUAUAUUCGCCUCGAAGGACAGUGAGAUCACCGAAGAAGACAUCGACGCUAUCCUCGCGAAGGGAGAGAAGAAAACAGAACAGCAGAAGAAGAAGUUGGAGGCAAUGGGCGAAAGCACUCUCAGAAACUUUACUCUCGACACCGGAGAGUCCAGUGUUUACAAGUUUGAGGGCGAAGACUAUCGCGAGAAGCAGAAGUUGUCACAACUGGCGUGGAUAGAGCCGCCCAAACGCGAGCGCAAAGCCAAUUACGCGGUCGACGCUUACUUUCGCGAAGCACUCCGUGUUAGCGAACCGCGCGCUCCCAAAGCCCCGCGACCUCCCAAACAGCCCAGUGUUCAGGACUUCCAGUUCUUUCCGCCCAGACUUUUCGAACUCCUCGACAAAGAAAUCUAUUUCUUCCGCAAAACUGUUGGCUAUAAAGUGCCCAAAAAUCCCGAAUUAGGAAACGAAGCGUCAAAAGUGCAGAGAGAAGAACAGCGACUCAUCGAUGAGAGCGAAUCACUUAACGACGAAGAGCUGCAGGAGAGGGAGUCUCUCCUUCAGGAAGGGUUUACCACUUGGACGAGACGUGACUUCAAUCAGUUUAUUAAAGCAAACGAAAAGUAUGGAAGGGAUGACAUGGACUCCAUCUCCAAAGAAGUCGAGGGAAAGACUGCCGAAGAAGUGAUUGAAUAUUCGAAUGUGUUUUGGGAGAGAUGUCACGAACUGACAGAUUGUGACAGAAUUAUGGCUCAGAUAGAAAAAGGAGAGCAAAGGAUUCAAAGGCGUCAGGAUAUCAAAAGAGCGCUCGACUCUAAGAUGUCUCGAUAUAGGGCUCCAUUCCAUCAGUUGAGGAUAGCGUACGGCACUAACAAAGGCAAGAACUACACCGAAGAAGAGGACAGAUUCCUCGUCUGUAUGCUUCACAAGUUGGGCUUUGAUAGGGAACUGGUUUACGAUGAGCUCAAGUCCGCCAUCAGAAGUGCCCCACAAUUCCGGUUCGAUUGGUUCAUCAAAAGCCGGACCGCGUCUGAACUGCAGCGCCGGUGCAAUACUCUCAUCACUUUGAUUGAGAGGGAGAACCAGGACCGGACCGCGUCUGAACUGCAGCGCCGGUGCAAUACUCUCAUCACUUUGAUUGAGAGGGAGAACCAGGAGUUGGAGGAGAAGGAGAGACAAACGAAGAAAAAGCCCGGACCUAAAGCGGGACUCGCCAGAGGACCCAACAAGAGAGCCGCUCCACCCGUCUUGGCUGAUGUCAUAACAAAUGAUGACGUAUUGUAUGCUAAAACUUACAUCCGGUUCGAUUGGUUCAUCAAAAGCCGGACCGCGUCUGAACUGCAGCGCCGGUGCAAUACUCUCAUCACUUUGAUUGAGAGGGAGAACCAGGAGUUGGAGGAGAAGGAGAGACAAACGAAGAAAAAACCCGGACCUAAAGCGGGACUCGCCAGAGGACCCAACAAGAGAGCCGCUCCACCCGUCGAGUCCUCUAAACGCAAGAAACGGCGAUAA